ACGGGGAAAGAGGGCUCCAGCCUCCGCUGUCACCGGACUAGCCGCCGUUCUGUGUCCCCGAAGCGGCGGAUCCGCGGACACCCGGCGCUCGGAUUCGCUUCAACAUGACCAGGGAUUCGCGGCUGUGAGUCGGGACAAGGAGCCGGGAUCAGCUGCCCAUGGAGUGGUCCUGUCGGGAGGGUUGCCAGGUGUGGCUCCAGGUGAACGAGCAGCUGCUGCCGAGCCGGGUGGCGAGUAUUGCUGAUGGCGUUGUCCGCUUCACCACUGACUAUGGAGAGGAAUUCUCCUUUGAGCAGUCUCCCCUAUCCCUGGAGCUUGCUGUCCCGAUGCACCAGACCAGUAUUGAGGGGGUGGACGACAUGUCGAAUCUUGCUGAUCUGCACGAGUCCAGCGUUCUCUACAACCUCUACUUGCGAUACAGGCAGGAUAAGAUCUACACAAACAUUGGCUCAAUCCUGACUGCAGUGAACCCUUACAAAUACAUCGAGAGUCUGUACAGUGCCAGCAUGGUUGAGUUGUACAGUGGACACCAACUCGGAGAGCUGCCACCCCACAUCUUUGCAAUUGCCAACGAGUGCUACGGGUGUCUGUGGAAGCGACAGGAUAGCCAGUGUGUACUCAUCAGUGGGGAGACGGGAGCUGGCAAGACAGAGAACACCAAGCUGCUGCUCCAGUUUCUGUCGGUCAUGAGCCAGAAGUCCCUUGGAGCCUCAGCCCAUGAGAAGAGCACGCACGUGGAACAGGCCAUCCUGGAGAGCAGCCCAGUGAUGGAAGCCUUUGGGAAUGCCAAGACUGUUUACAACAACAACUCCAGUCGAUUCGGGAAGUUUAUCCAGCUUCACUUCUCUGAGAACGGGAAUAUUCACGGAGGCAGCAUUGUCGACUAUCUUCUGGAAAAGAACCGAGUGGUGAGACAGAACCCAGCCGAGAGGAACUUCCACAUCUUCUACGCACUGCUGGCUGGGAUGGAGCUGCCACAGAAAGAGGUCCUGGGUUUGGCGGGACCAAUGGAAUUUCGAUACCUCCAGCAGUGGGACGGAGCACCGGGGCAGUGUCUGGAGGACAAGCAGCUGUUUGAGAAAGUGAUGGGGGCUCUGCUGGUUUUGGGAUUCACUGCUGAUGACAUCCAGGAUGUGUUGAAGCUCCUGUCAGCCGUUCUCCAACUUGGAAACAUCGAGUUCGUCACUGCUGGGGGCGCCCAGAUAGUGAACAAGGAAGCGCUGACCGCUCUCAGUGACCUGCUGGGGUUGGACGCUGCCCAACUGGCUGAGGUCCUGACACAUCGUUCAAUGAUCCUCCGGGGAGAGGAGAUCAGCACACCUCUGACCACGGAGCAGGCUGCAGAUUCCCGGGAUUCCUUGUCCAUGGCUCUCUACUCCCAAUGUUUCUCCUGGAUCAUCAGGAAGAUCAACAACAAGAUCAGGGGAAAGGACGACUUCCGAUCCAUCAGUAUCCUCGACAUCUUUGGCUUCGAAAACUUUGAGAUCAAUCGAUUCGAACAAUUCAGCAUUAACUUUGCCAAUGAGAAGCUGCAGGAAUAUUUCAACAAACACAUCUUCUCCCUGGAACAGCUGGAGUACAACAGGGAAGGAGUGAGCUGGGAAGCGAUUGACUGGAUGGACAAUGCCGAGUGUUUGGACCUGAUUGAAAAGAAGUUGGGGCUUCUCUCUUUGAUCAAUGAGGAGAGCCGCUUUCCAAAGGGCACCGACUUCACUCUGCUGGAGAAACUGCAUAGUCAGCACACGAGUAACUCGUUCUACGUGAAGCCGCGCGUGAGCGAUUGUCAGUUUGGGAUCAGACAUUACGCUGGGGAGGUCAUGUAUGAUGUACACGGGUUUUUGGAGAAAAACAGGGACACGUUUAGAGACGAUAUUCUGAACCUUUUAAAGGAUAGCAGACUGGACUUUAUCUAUGACUUGUUUGAGCGAGUUUACAGCUGGAACAAUGGGGACGACACCCUGAAGAUGGGAACCCAGAGGAGGAAACCCACUGUCAGCUCCCAGUUCCGGGACUCUCUGCACUCACUGAUGGCGACUCUCAGCUUGUCCAACCCUUUCUUCAUCCGGUGCAUCAAACCCAACACGCAGAAGGUGGCGGCAAGGUUUGACCAGGGAGUCGUCCUGAAUCAGCUCCAUUACUCAGGAAUUUUGGAAACGGUGAAGAUCCGGCGCGCAGGAUUCCCAGUUCGACGCCCAUUCCCAGAGUUUUAUCUGAGGUACAAGAUGCUGCUGAAGGAUCAGAAGGUUCCUGAAGACUGGAAGUCGCGGUGCCUGGUUCUACUGGCUCAGUGUGACGGCUGUGACUCCCUCUGGCGGAUGGGCAAGACCAAGGUAUUUCUGAAGGAAGCCCUGGAACAGCAGCUGGAGAAGGGCCGAGCGGCAGAGAGAACACGAGCAGCCGUGACCCUGCAGGCGAAUAUCCGGGGCCACCGUGCAAGGAUGCAUUAUCGGACAUUCCUCACCAGCCUGGUGGUCAUUCAGAAGAACUACCGUGCCCACCUCUGGCGGCAGCGCUUUUUGCGUUUGCGCUGGGCUGCACUCAUGCUGCAGAAACACUGGAGGGGGCAGCUCGCUCGCCGCCUAGUCUGGCAGCUCCUGCAACACCGGUGGCACGAGGAGGAGCGCAGGACUCGGCAGGUGCAGAGCAAGACUCCGGUCCAGGAUGAGGGGCCAGAGAGCGAUGAGGGGAACAGCAGCAGUUGGCUGAAGAUCUCAGAGGGACCUCUGUCUUCAGAGCAGACCAGCCGAGGGUCACGGCAGACGGAGGAGCUGAUGGAUUUGGCACAAGCAGAAAACAAGCAGAUAGAGGAGAUAGUCCGGCUGGAGAACGAGAUCCAGAGGCUGCAGAAUCAGCAGGGCUCGAGCUGUGAGAGUGUGUACAGUCCAUCACAGAGCGAGGCGGAGAGCCAACGACAAGAGGAGAUCCUUCGCCUGGAGAAUGAAGCCUCCAGAGUGACACAGGAGUUCCUGGAGCUGCUGAACUUUGAAGGACUGGACGGGUGUGGUCAGUCUCUGCCUGGUGAAGCCAGUGGCCUGGACACCAGCUCUACAGUGCAAGAGGAGCACGAGGGGCCAGUGGUCACUCUCCCCGGCACCAAUGAUAGACAGAUGCCAAUCAGCAGCUGCUCCCAGGACAGUGUGUACGUCAACCUUCCACUGUCCAGUGAGAGAGAGGUCAGACUCAUCUCACCGGACUACACAACAGAGGGCCGGCCAGGUGGAGAGGGGAUCUACAACACUGUGUUGGGGUCCCCCAACGCAGACAUCGAUGAGGAGCCGAUCUACUGCCUGCCCCCCGAGGUUGAGUCAGAUUAUGACCACGAUGAAAUGGAUGAGCCAGCAGCAGGAGAGGCAGCUGGCAGCCAGGAUGGUCUGAGGCCAUCUCAGAGUGUGGAGACAUACUCACGAGGGUCCGAUUUGGCGGUGGACAGUGAGGAGGAGUUCGAUCUACAGGUUGACACUGAUGAGGAGCUCGGCACAGGCCAAAGUACGAAGCAUCUCAUCUCUGGGAACCCGUACUUCCACAGUUACCUGUACAUGAAAGGCGGGCUGAUGAACCCGUGGAGACGGCGCUGGUUUGUGCUGAAGGACGGCACCGUCAUGUGGUUCCGGGCCAAGCAGGAGGCGCUGAAGUCCGGCUGGCUGUACAAGAAGGGGGGUGGUCUGUCCACCCUGUCCCGUCGCAACUGGAAACGCCGCUGGUUCGUGCUGCGGGGCAGCCGACUCCUGUACUUCGAGAAUGAUGCCGAGGACCGGCUGAAGGGCAGCAUUGACGUCCGUGGGGCCAGAGCCAUUGUAGACAACGUUGAGAAGGAGAACGCUCUGGAUGUGGUGACGAGUGAGAGAACCUAUCACAUUGUGGCAGAGUCACCCGAGGAUGCCAGUGAUUGGUUUCGAGUGCUGAGCGGGGUGCACAGUGCUACACAGCAGGAGCUGCGGGAGAUGCGUCAUGAACUGGCCAAUCCGAAGAAUGCAGUGGGCACUGUGGACGUGGGGCUCAUCGAUUCUACCUGUGCCUCUGAUAACCCUGACAGGCCGAACUCCUUCCUGAUAAUCACAGCAAACAGGGUGAUUCACUGUAACGCUGACAGCCCUGAGGUGAUGCACCACUGGAUCACACUGCUUCAGAGACCCAAAGGCCACGUCAAUGGACAAGAGUUCAUCAUCCGCGGCUGGCUGCACAAGGAGGUGGCGAGCCGGGGAAGGAUGGCUUCGCUGAAGCUCCGUAAACGCUGGUUCCUGCUCAACACGAACUCGCUGGAUUACUACAAGUCUCCGGAGCAUAGCGGCUCCAAACUGGGCACCUUGGUGCUCAACAGCCUCUGCUCUGUCAUUCUGCCCAGUGACGACGCAACCUUCCGCCAGACAGGUUACUGGCACCUUGUGGUCCAUGGCAGGAAGCACUCCUACCGACUCUACACAACACUGCUGCACGAAGCCAUGCGCUGGGCCACUGCCAUUCAGAACGUCAUUGACAACAAGGUUCCCAUAGAAACUCCAACUCAGCAGCUGAUUCGUGAGAUCAAGGUAAGCAGAGGCCACCGAUAG